UUCGAGAUUUUAGUGGGUGGAGAACAUAGGUAUUUGUAGGGAUUCAGUAGCAAUAUUCAUGCUGUUUUAGUUAUUCUGGAAAAGAGAUGAAAAGUCAGUAGAAAGUGCUUCUUCACUGGGAAAUUAUAAUCCAAGCUCGUUUUGGCGUUCUAUAGUUGGAUGGAUAGGGUUCUUGUGCUUUUUGCUUUCUUGUACCGUGAAGACUUUGAACCGGCUGAAUUGAAGUGCAAUGCGGUUACGACCAAAGUUCAAUUAGCAUCAAAUAUGGGAAAAUGGAAAAAGAGGAUAAAGAAAGAAAGAAAAUUAUGUGAGGGAGCAGAGGAAUGUAAAAUAGUCUCUAGUAAAAGUUUCUGUUUUCGAAUUUAUUGACCCCCCCCCCCCCCAAAAAAAAAAAAGAGAAGAAAAUGGGUUGGUUCAAUGGAUAUGUAUUAGUUGGACUCAGCUAUAAGUGGCUAAAUGCAUUUAGUCGUUUAGCGAAGAACAUUGUUGCUCAUGUUUAUGAUGUCCCAAAUUUGGCUGUUUGAUUUAAUUCUUGUUUCUGAUACCUAUUCCUCUUAGAUAAUUUUCGUAAACUAUACCUUGAGGGAUGUUAGUUAGAGUCCAUUUCAAGUUUGAUUGCUGGUUACAAAAAAAAAUAGUACUACCUAAAAUUUAUCAAGCUUAAAAGAUUGUACUUUCCUUCCCUUUUUGAACCAAUGGGAAAUUAAAGAAUGCUUCAUCGGCUUUGCUGUUUUCUAUUGCAUAAGGUUGAAGUUAUCAAUGACAGGUGUCAAUCUGUGUGGCCAAAUAGUAAUAAAUCUAUACAAAAGCAGAUUCUCGAGAAGUUUCCUAUAAAGUCAAUUCAUGGUCCAUAUGAUAUCCGAAACCGAGGAUGGAUAAGUUGCUUCUACUUAUGUUGCAGAUUGGUUGGGAGGAUCAUAUAAUUGGAAAAAAUUGCAGCCUCUUAUGCAUGCAGGCAGAUAAGGCAGAAUAGCUUCUAGAAGAAUAGUAUAUAGCAGCUGUUCAACUGCUAUAAUAUUUGAUUUUACUUAUCGUUUUGAUAUACAUACACAAUUAAACUAACAAGUUAUUGACAAUCAAGAGUUGAAACGGUACCUUUUGUCAUGUCUGUCUAUUGAGCUUUAAUAUUUCUAUUCUUAUUACCUUCUGUGCAUCAAAUAGUUUAAAAAGUUGGCCAGUUUGUUUGUUUAUCAGAUUUUUAAGCCUUGAAUAUUUUGUAGUUUUCAAUCAUAAUUACAAAGUGUAACUUUUGUUGUGUUGCAUCUUGACUGACAAAUUCUUGUCUAGGUACUUUGCAACUUCUUCCUUUACUGAAGUCCUUUUGAUUAGUUCACAGAAUAUCAAGUUGAAGGAAUGUUUAAGAACACCUUUCAGUCUGGAUUUUUGUCCAUUUUAUACAGCCUGGGGAGCAAGCCUUUGCAGAUAUGGGAUAAAGAAGUUGUCAAUGGCCAGAUCAAGCGUAUUCAAGAUGAAGACAUACAGUCCAAUGUCCUUGAGAUUGUAGGAUCAAAUAUUCAAUCAACAUAUAUUACAUGCCCAGCUGAUCCAAAUGCAACACUUGGUAUAAAGCUUCCAUUUCUAGUUAUGAUUGUUAAAAAUCCGAAGAAGUACUUCACUUUUGAGAUUCAGGUGCUGGAUGAUAAAAAUGUUCGCCGGCGAUUUCGUGCUUCAAACUAUCAAGCGGUUACCAGGGUGAAACCAUAUAUCUGCACCAUGCCAUUGAGAAUGGAUGAAGGCUGGAAUCAGAUCCAGUUGAAUCUAACUGAUUUGACAAGACGAGCAUAUGGAACCAACUAUGUUGAAACUUUGAGAGUUCAGGUUCAUGCCAAUUGCCGCUUGAGAAGAAUUUAUUUCUCUGACCGGCUGUAUUCCGAGGAAGAACUCCCACCAGAAUUCAAGUUGUACCUUCCGAUGCAGAAAGCCUGACAUGCUAUUCAGAGGGUCAUUGGUGCUUGACAAUAGGUUGGACAAAUGCUUCAUGCUUCCACUGCGCAUUCUGCUUGUACAAGUUUUAGAAGUUGUGUGUGAUGAGUUCAUCGGGAGCUUAGGUAUUAAUACAACACGUUUAGUGUUAGUGCCAUGAUGCUGGUCUUUUAUGUUCCAGUUGCUGUUGGAUGGACUUUGAAAUAGAUGGUAAGGAUUUGAACUUGCUGCUGUUAUAUAUGUAAUGCUAUGACUUCAUGAAUUACUCAACCACUUUACUGGAGAGCCUGGUGUCUGGAAAUUAAAUCGUCUCAUCAAAGUUUGGCGAGUGCUGAUUAAUGUUCCCGUGAAAUACUUGAUCUUCAUGGGAAAAUAGACUUCUCUUUUUGUAAUCAAUCAUCUGAUAUUGGAAACAUCGUGCACACAACAGAUCGUUGCUAAUUGUGGCAGCAACAAAUCAGGUUCUGCAUCUGUUUUACGA